AACCAGCGAGCGCCCAUCCAUGCCAAGAUUCAUACUCUUCGUCUGUCUGCUCUGGCACGAGUGGCCAAGGCUUAUGGACAAAACAAAAUAGAAUAGUUGCAUUGAGGAAGAAAAUAUAUUUGGUGUCAGUUUUUUCCUUCUAAUUACGCACGCAAACAUUCCACUAUUACUCCUCCAAGCUCAGCAGACUUUCUAUCGCUUGCUUCUCGGAUAUUCCAGAGGAAGCGACUUGUGGCCGCUGUGAUUGGCAUCGUCAUGGUGUUGGCCCUUAUCAUAGUAAUACCGCUGCUUGUGCAAAGUACCAAGACUUCGGCUCACUAUGAGAUGAUGGGCACCUGUCGAAUGAUCUGUGAUCCAUACAGUUCGAAACCCGCCACCGCCAUGGAGCUCAUGCAGGACAUGAAUGCCAUCCCGCCGCCGCCAAUGGCGCAAGGCUCCAAAGGUGAAUUAGGGCGACCUGGGAAACCGGGACCAAGAGGUCCACCGGGAGAACCAGGACCUCCCGGCCCAAGAGGACCACCCGGAGACAGGGGCGAUUCCGGGAAAGCUGUAUACCCCGCGGUAACGUCAGGGACUGCAAAGACCGAAACGGACACGGACGAGGUUAACACGGCACUCAGUGAAACAAAGGUUGCGUUCUAUGUAGGGUUGAAGAACCCACACGAAGGAUAUGAGGUGCUUAAAUUCGACGAUGUUGUCACAAACUUGGGAAAUCAAUACGACCCAACCAAUGGCAAGUUCACUUGCCAAGUGUCCGGAAUGUAUUUUUUCACAUACCACGUGUUAAUGCGAGGAGGCGACGGGACAAGCAUGUGGGCAGACUUGUGCAAAAACGGACAGGUUCGGGCAAGUGCUAUUGCACAGGACGCAGACCAGAACUACGAUUACGCAGGUAACAGCGUGGUUCUACACCUGGACUCCGGGGAUGAGAUUUAUGUCAAACUGGACGGUGGCAAAGCACACGGAGGCAACAACAACAAGUACAGCACCUUUUCUGGAUUCAUUUUGUAUCCAGAUUAAAUAGCCUGACAAGUUUGAGGCUACCCAUGACUCUUCCUCCGAAUGAAGUUCAAACAGAGCUUCAUCUUUAAUUUCGCUCUCUCAUUUCCUUUGAAGAGCAAGGUGCUUGUAAUGGUCUUCUAACCACCAAUAAUAUAUAGGAUAAAUAGGCGAUAUAGCAGUUGAGGUCGUUUGAUUGAAUGUGGUAAGAUUACUUGAUUCAGCAGUUUGUUUUACUCAAUAGGAUCACCUUAUGCGGGAGAAAUAGCCUAUAUGUAGCUACGGUCAAAUGCACAGAGAUAGAAUCAUAUAACUCAUGUGUUCGGUACAUCCAGAGUUGUGUUUUAUUUACAUUUACAUUUAAGUCAUUUAGGACUUACAAAUUGGUGCAUUCACCUUAUGACAUCCAGUGGAACAGCCAUUUUAUGCCACUAGGUCAACAGUGCAUUAUAUUUUUUCCUGAUGUACCAAUAAAUGUCAUUUUACA